AUGACUGAUUUGAGCUGUAAGAAACACAGUGAUUGCACCAUCUCCAGGCUGCUCAAUGUGGUAGAAAAUGAACUCCUGGCUGGCAGAGACAAAGGAGACCCUACUGAGAAACAACUCCAGGUUAUCUUGGAAGAUUCUGCCCUGUGGCAGAGGUUCAGAGAAGUUACAAAUGAGAUGAUUGUUACCAAGAAUGGCAGGCGGAUGUUUCCAGUUUUAAAGAUCAGUGUUUCGGGGUUGGAUCCAAAUGCUAUGUAUUCUUUUCUGCUGGAUUUUGCUCCAACUGAUAGUCACCGCUGGAAGUAUGUGAAUGGAGAAUGGGUUCCUGCUGGAAAGCCAGAGCCAUCCAACCACAGCUGUGUCUAUAUCCAUCCAGACUCACCCAACUUUGGAGCACACUGGAUGAAGGCCACAGUAUCUUUUAGCAAAGUGAAACUUACCAAUAAACUAAAUGGCAAUGGGCAGAUUAUGUUGAAUUCCCUACAUAAAUAUGAGCCUCAAGUUCAUAUUGUUCGAGUAGGAGGCCCACACAGGAUGGUAAUGAAUUGUUCUUUUCCUGAAACUCAGUUUAUUGCUGUGACUGCCUACCAGAAUGAAGAGAUAACAGCUCUCAAAAUCAAAUAUAACCCUUUUGCCAAGGCAUUUCUGGAUGCAAAAGAAAGAAACUACUCCAAGGAUGUUCCAGAUAUUGUCUCUGAAAGUCAACACAUGACAUAUUCUCACUUGGGUGGCUGGUUGAUUUCCAAUCCUGAUGCUGUCUGUGCAGCAGGAACUUCCAAUUAUCCAUAUACGGGGAGUUUUUCUCUGCCUGCUCCACAUUCUCAUGCCUGCGAACAUUAUUCAGGUCUUCGAGGACACAGAGCCGUUCCGUAUCCUGCUUCAUACAUGCAAAAAAAUAAUUAUCCAGGCAAGUUCUUGUCAUUGAAUCUGACAGAAAAUGCCAAUAGCGAUUUCCAAGUGUCCCCAGGACAUGAAGGUUGGCCUACAGGAUCCUCCAGUCACCACAACAACCUGCUCCCAGUGCCACACAAUAGUGGUACUAGUGCUCCAGGGCCCAGUCACUAUCCUUGCCUCUGGACUGUCAGUAACAAUGCUGUCAACGUUUCUAACCUGGCAAAUGAUGUAAGCAGCAGUUCUCCAUUUCUGCGAAGCAGCAUUGCAUUGCCUGCCACAUCCUCAUCUGGUUUAUCGGGCACAGUUGCCAGCAACAUGGACACACAAUUGGAACCUGCUUUCUCCAGAUUAACUGAUUCAACCUGGACACCUGCCACCUCUCGUUCUUUCUAGUGGGCUUUGGGAAGGAGCACAUGAUCACA